CUCUAUGAACUGGACAGUGACCCUAAAAGGAAGGAGUUUCUGGAUGAUCUAUUCAGUUUUAUGCAGAAGAAAGGGACCCCAGUGAACAGGAUUCCCAUCAUGGCCAAGCAGGUGCUGGACCUCUACAUGCUCUACCAGCUGGUGACAGAAAAGGGGGGGCUGGUGGAGGUCAUAAAUAAAAAGUUGUGGAGGGAGAUCACCAAGGGCUUGAACUUGCCGACCUCCAUCACCAGUGCUGCCUUCACUCUCAGAACACAAUAUAUGAAGUAUCUGUAUACUUACGAAUGUGAGAAGAGGGCUCUCAGCAACCCCAACGAGCUGAAGGCGGCCAUCGACAGCAACCGGCGAGAAGGACGUAGGCAAGGUUUUGGCAACUCGCUCUUCACCUACUCGCCCAAUGGGACGCCCACCAUGCUCUCCUCACCCAAACGCACCAUGUCAUCAAUGGGCAUUGCCCUGCCCAGCAACGGAGCCUCCAUCUCAUCCAUACAAAACAUUAAAAAAGAGGAUGACGGGUUUCAGACGCGCCUGCCUGCAUCUCUGGCCACACAUUCAGUAGCUGCAGCACAGGCCGCGGCUGCACAAGCGGCCACCAUCGCACAGGUAGCUGCUCUGGAGCAGCUGCGGGAUAACCUGGAGACCGGCGAACCCCCUCGGAAAAAAAUUGCACUACCACUGGAGGAACACCAGCGGUUACUGCAGAGAGCCUUGCAGCACAAUCUGAUGGCCAUGACCGCACAAAUCCCCAUGAACAUCCGCAUCAACAAUCAAGAAAGCAGACCAGACUCCGCCAUGAACCUGACCACCAAUGGCCUGAACAGCAUCAGCAUGUCUCUGGAGCUUAAUGGAGUCGUCUACACCGGCGUCCUCUUCGCCCAGUCUGUGGCACAGACCUCGUUGGGGGCAUCUAACAAAUCUACAGGCAACAGCGGGCCUCAAUCAGUUCUCCACACACCUACCUCAUCUUCCUCCAACAACCAGUCGCCUUAACACCUCAGACUCUCCCUCAAUGCAAACCAAAGCCAAAAAACCUCAGUAACUACAGAAGAUAUGCCAAAAAAUAGUGCAGGAAUAACUUGAUCGUUCUCAACUUGAAGUACACUAGCUCAGGUCUUUUAUUUACACUCUCCUUUAUUCAGGAGAAAUAUGAAAUAACAACAGAGUUUAUUAUAAAGAUAAUA